GCGGGGCCGGUGCGGGGCUGCCCCCGCCCGUGGCUCCUCCCGCGCCGCUCGGCUCCUCCUCGCCCGCCGCGCCGGGCCCGGCGAUAUUUAACCUGGGCCAGGGCGGGGAGCGGCAGCGCCGAGCGGGCACCGAGCGGAGUCGGAGCCAGCGCAGCCGCUGUCCCGGCCCCGCCAUGAGAGCCCCGGCGCUGGGUUGCAUCAGCUUGGUGCUGUGUCUGCUGGAGCUGCCCGCCUGCCUGCCCCUGCCCGACGGCCGCGCGCCCAAGCGCAGGGAGCCCCCGGACCGGAGACCCUCGCCGGCCUCACUCCCCGGGGACCAGCCCGGACAGCAGCCCCCCGCCCCGCCACAGCCCGCCGGCCCGCGGCACAGACCGCUGCUCCCUCCACGCAGACCCUCGGGCCCUCGGCAGAAACCGCAGCUCCCGAAGCUCAGCCCUCGGCACAGACCAAAGCUCGGCCCGCGGCACAGCCCCCCGCUCCCGCGGCACAGCCCAAAGCUCGGCCCACGCCAUGAGCCCCCGUUUUCCCCCCGGCACGGUGCCCGCCUGGCCCCCCGGCACAGACUGCUCAUCCCGCGGUACCACCCGAAACUCAUCCCGCGGUACCACCCGAAACUCAUCCCGCGGUACCACCCGAAGCUCCCGCCACGCCGGGAACCCCCGUUCGCCCCCCAGCCCGCUGCCCCCGUGGCCCCCCAGCACCCGCGGGGCCGCCGGCACGUGCUGGGGCGGCCGCAGCUGCUGCGGGUGGGCUGCGUGCUGGGCACCUGCCAGGUGCAGAACCUGAGCCACCGCCUCUGGCAGCUCAUGGGCCAGUCGGGGCGCCAAGACUCGUCCCCCAUGAACCCCAACAGCCCCCACAGCUACGGGUGAGGGGGGCGGCUGCACCGGACUGCCUGGCCCCGUGCCCCCGGCGGAACCCUCCACUAAAGCACUUCCAGACUCA